GAGAGGGAGUAAAGUUCAAGAAGACCAGGAGGAGAAAGAGAUCACCGUGCUGCCACGCAGGAGCCAGCCGGACGCCACGGGGGAGAACGGCGGGGAAGUGAGAAGGAGAACCUCCAGAGACCCUCCACCUCCCCUGUGCUCUCGUUGACCUUUGACCUCUAAAUACGUUCUCCCGUCUUCCAGCGGUUCUGCAGUGGAGAUGAUCUCCUCGAUAAAGGCGCCACGCUCCUCUUCCUCCUGCUGUGGGCCUUGUGCCACUUUGAGGAGCAGAUGUCCACGACCGCGGGGGCUCCUCAACCUCCUCAUCACCAAAGCCUGUCUGUUUGCUCUGCUGUUCGGGGGGGUCUGGUCCAUCACUGGAAGGGAGUGCCUGCCUGGGGGGAACCUGUUUGGCAUCAUCAUCCUCUUCAUCUGUUCUGUGCUGGGGGGCAAGCUGGUGGGAAUGAUCCAACUGCCAACACUGCCCCCCUUCCCUCCACUGCUUGGCAUGCUCCUGGCUGGGCUGCUGUUGCGUAAUGUUCCCUACAUAACCACGGCGGUCUUCAUCGACACUCGUUGGUCUGCGGCUCUAAGGAACAUCGCCCUGUCCGUCAUCCUGACCAGAGCCGGACUCGGACUGGACCCCUCAGCCCUGCAGCGUCUGAAGGCGGUGUGUGUCCGUGUUGCGGUGGGUCCUUGUACAGUGGAGGCGUCCGUCGUGGCCGUGGUUUCUCACUUCCUGUUGGGUCUUCCAUGGACGUGGGCCUUUAUCCUGGGCUUCGUUCUGUCCGCGGUGUCUCCGGCGGUUGUGGUUCCAUCAAUGUUGCUUCUGCAGAGAGAAGGACUGGGAGUGGAGAAGGGCAUCCCCACGCUGCUGAUGGCAGCCGGCAGCUUGGACGGCAUCCUCGCCAUCACCGGCUUCUCCACCUGCCUGGGAAUCGCCUUCUCCACAGGUUCCACGUGGAUGACCAUCCUCCAAGGCCUGCUGGAGGUGGUGGGAGGGGUCAUCUCCGGCCUGGUUGUGGGCUUCUUCCUGUGUUUGUUUCCAAGCAAUGACCAGGAGGACCUGGUUUUGGGGAGGACCCUCAUGCUGUUGGGUCUGUCGGUGUUUUCCGUCUUCUUCAGUCACGUGGUCGGGUUCUCUGGAGCCGGCAGUCUCUGUACGUUGGUCCACUCCUUCUGUGCUGCUCUGGGCUGGAAAAGUGAAAAGGCUCCGGUGGCUGCCAUGGUGGGUCGGUCCUGGGACCUGUUCCAGCCUCUUCUGUUCGGUCUGAUCGGAGCUGAAAUCACCAUCUCCACCCUCAGCCCCAGCACUGUGGGUCUGGGCGUGGCCUGCAUCAGUCUGGGUCUGCUGGUCCGUCUGUUCGUCACCUUCCUGCUGGUCCAUCACGCCGGAUUCAACCUCAAGGAGAAACUCUUCAUCGCUGUGGCCUGGCUGCCGAAGGCCACCGUGCAGGCCGCCAUCGGCUCCAAGGCGUUGGACAUGGCAAGGGAGGAGGGGGACGAGACUCUGAUCAAGUUUGGUUUGGACGUGCUGACCUUGGCGGUGUUGGCCAUCCUGACCACCGCCCCCAUCGGUGCCCUCGGUAUCGGACUGGCAGGACCACGCCUCCUGGCCCGUCACAUCAAAGACGAGGCCGACGGGGAAGCCGGACCUUCUGGUCCCACAGAACCCGUCCAAGAGAAGGACAGCAGGAUCCCCGAGAGCAGGCUGUGAAGCUCCAUGGAGGAGCGGCGGCGCUGCGUUCCCGCCAUGACGCGGCGUUUGGAUGAAGGAUGAGGGACGUCUGUCUUUGCUUUGGUCCUCUAGUCCAAAUGUUACAGAUCUGACAAGGUUCUGGUUCUGGUUUCAAACAAAAGCAUGGUUUGUUUUGGUGUUGGGUUUGAAGUAAAGAUCAAAGGAGCUGAAAUCCAGCUGGUCCAAA